AUCCGGUCAAAGUUCGUCUGCUUAUAGAGCGUGGCAAACGUAGUCCAAUACAGCACAUUCAGUCUGUUCAUAUCGAGUUUUCAUUGUUAGCUACAAUCAAAAAAACAUAUACCAUGGGUAAAAUUAAGGGUGGAGACGUUGUUGAAGUUAAAGGAGAUGAAAUGACAAGAAUCAUUUGGGAAUUAAUUAAAGAAAAACUCAUCUUCCCAUUUGUUGACCUCAAUAUUCAUUCGUACGAUUUAGGAAUGGAGAAUCGUGACGCGACCGACGACCAGGUCACUAUUGAUUGUGCUAAUGCCAUAAAAAAGUACAGUGUUGGCAUCAAGUGUGCCACCAUUACGCCUGAUGAGAAUAGAGUCGAGGAAUUUAAAUUGAAAAAAAUGUGGAAGAGUCCCAAUGGAACUAUCCGUAAUAUUUUGGGGGGAACCGUAUUUCGUGAAGCCAUUAUUUGCAAGAAUAUCCCAAGGCUCGUGUCACCAUGGACCAAACCUAUAAUCAUUGGUCGUCAUGCCUAUGGUGAUCAGUACAAAGCAACCGAUUUCGUAGUUCCUAGUGAAGGAAAACUUGAAAUUAAAUUCACUCCUUCCAAUGGUACAGAACCUAUGAACUUUGAAGUUUUUGAAUUUAAAGAAGGUGGUGGUGUUGCUUUAGCUAUGUACAAUACUGAUAAAAGUAUCAGAGAAUUCGCUCAUAGUUCAUUCCAAAUGGCUUUGUCGAAAAAGGUUCCACUAUAUUUGAGCACAAAGAACACUAUCUUGAAGAAAUACGAUGGCAGAUUCAAGGAUAUUUUCCAAGAGAUCUACGAAAAAGAAUACGAAACUAAGUACAAAGAAGCUAAUAUCUGGUAUGAGCACCGCCUUAUCGAUGAUAUGGUAGCUCAAGCGCUAAAGUCCGAAGGAGGAUUCGUUUGGGCUUGUAAAAAUUAUGAUGGGGACGUUCAGAGCGACAGCGUUGCCCAGGGUUAUGGCAGUUUGGGUAUGAUGACCUCUGUCCUAAUCUGUCCUGAUGGUAAAACUGUUGAGAGUGAGGCCGCUCACGGAACAGUCACCAGACAUUACCGUAUGCACCAACAAGGAAAGGAAACAUCAACCAAUCCAAUUGCAUCAAUUUUCGCUUGGACUAGAGGUUUGGCUCACAGAGCUAAGUUGGAUAACAAUACCCAACUCGCUAAAUACGCUUCGACCUUGGAACAAGUUUGCAUCAAUACCAUCGAAAGUGGAUAUAUGACGAAAGAUUUGGCAGGAUGCAUUAAGGGAAUAGCAAACGUCCAGAGACAAGAUUACCUGAAUACAUUCGAGUUUUUGGAUAAAAUUUCCGAAAAUUUGUCAAAGAGUAUGGCAUGA